AUGAGCUCCCCGACAAACCGAAAGGGCUCACUGCCCCAUCAAUUGCGCACCGCUGCCGAACCCCGCCAGAACCGACUGUACAAUGUCCGGCUGUCGCAUAUCGAACAGGCCAACCCCUCCGUGCGACUGCUACAGCUGACCAUCCCGCCGGAGGUCCAGAAUGUCGAAGAUGAUGAAGGUCAGGAAGUGGAUGAGUUAGCCAACCCCCAACAACCCCUAACAUUCCUCCCGGGUCAAUGGCUGGACGUCCAUAUUCCCUCCAUCCCCAACGCAGGUGGCUUCAGUAUUACCUCCACUCCAGCCGACGCACAAGUCCUCCCAUCACUAGAAUACCCCGCCGAGGCAAUCACAACUGAUGAGACCGACGUGCCACCCAUCGACCCGCGCGGUCGGCCACCCUACGUAGAGUUAGCCGUGCAAUAUGCGCCCUCCAACCCAGCCAGCGUAUGGCUCUGGCGACCGGCGGAUCAGAUCCUAGGUACAGAACUUAGCAUCCGCGUCGGAGGGAGUUUUGUAUGGCCUCCAUCUUCCCGCGUGGACUUGACGAAAGUUCGGAAUGUAGUUUUCGUGGCAGGCGGAGUGGGGAUCAACCCACUGAUAUCCAUGCUCUCGCAUCUAAACAAUGGCGACGAGAUCGCUCUUCCUCACCCAUCAUUCAAUAUUCGAUUUCUGUACUCAACGAAACUCCCACGGAAAGAAGAAGGAACAGUAACCGGGAAUGGUACUAGUAGCCUGCAGCAGAUCUUGUUUCUUUCACGUCUACGACAGAUCAUUGCGUCGCAGUCACAGGUUCGUCGAUUGCAGAUUAGCUUAGAUCUUUUCAUCACCGAUCCUGGUUUGGAUCGAAGUUCUCUCACUGGAUUUGCGGAAUCCGGGGAUCUGACCCUGCACACGCGAAGGAUCAAUCGGGAUGAUUUACGCAAGGCGGUCAGUAAACCUGAUGGUAGUAUUGAGGCGGAAGAGACGGUGUGUUAUGUGUGUGGUCCGCCUGGCAUGACGGAUGAUGUGGUGAGCAGCCUUGAGGGCUUUCUCGGGAACACGGAGCGCGUGUAUUAUGAAAAGUGGUGGUGA